GAUACUUGUAAGAAAUGUACUUUAUUUCUCGCCAUAGAGGCGAGGAUUAGUGAUUUAGAAAAAGCUAAAACACUGCAGACAGCGGAUGGACUUUAGCCGCUAGCUAGCUAGGCAGCCAUGUCUUAAAGCACCUCUUUCGGUGGGCGUCUCAGUGUUAUAACUUCACUUUUAUUGUUAGUUUUUAAGCCAAAAUGCGUCCCUCUCCAUUUUCUGUCUACAUACAUUGUCUGUUUGUAAGUACUCCGUGAUUGUGCGCUGCCGAACACGCUUGUCUGCUCGUAAACCAGCAAUGACACAAGGUCACAAUGACGGGGGGGGGGGGACAGGUACUUUUCAGAGGCAGUAUAGUACCGAAUUUGAUUCAUUAGUAUCGCGGUACUAUACUAAUACCAGUAUACCGUACAACCCUAAUAUACAUGUGUAUGUAUGUGUGUGUGUGUGUGUGAGUGUGUGUAUAUAUAUAUAUAUAUAUAUAUAUAUAUACAGAACAUAAUAAUUUACUUAUGGCGGUAUAGCUCGGUUGGUAGAGCGGCCGUGCCAGCAACUUGAGGGUUGCAGGUUCGAUCCCCGCAUCCGCCAUCCUAGUUACUGCCGUUGUGUCCUUGGGCAAGACACUUUACCCACCUGCUCCCAGUGCCACCCACACUGGUUUAAAUGUAACUUAGAUAUUGGGUUUCACUAUGUAAAGCGCUUCGAGUCACUAGAGAAAAGCGCUAUAUAAAUAUAAUUCACUUCACACUUCACUUCACUACUUCAUCCAAUCAAUGCUCUUACCUUCCAUGUUUCUGACCUUACACUCCUGUUCUACAGCGCUUACGUGUAGGAAGCCGCGCAAAGAUCCUGCCUGUGGUGCAGCAGAUCCUAGGUCCAGGAUAUCAUCAAGACUUUCAUGGCCAACACGGAGCGGCAGCUCAAACCUCUGAGCGACAACUUCCACGCUCAGGUCGAAGCCCUCGCUGACCUGAUGGAGACCUUCUUCAAGCAGACGGCAUGGGAGAACCUGAUAGCGCCGGAUAAUGUUUCGCCGCCAGCUAUUGAGCCGCUCCAUGGUCAAUACCGCCACAAUCUGCCACGGCCUGUCUGCUCCUCCAUCUGCCGUCAUCUUGUCAAGCAUCUGCCACGUGACCCGUCGGCUCGCCAUCACGGCCACAGGUGGCGCACUCGAGGCCCGGGGGCCACAUCCUUUCUGUGGUUCGCCAAAGCCGAGAAAUAAUAAAAGUCUGGUCUCAGCGCGAUGAAUGCUUGCUGCGGGACAUGUCCGCCAAAGCUUCCUGUCUACCUGCCUCGCCGCUCCCUUCAGCUCCCAACAUUUAGCCUGUGAGCGCCUGGACAGGAAAGAUUUUUUUAAAACGAUAUACUGUAUAUAUAUAUUUUUUACUUGGGACGUCCUGGAUUGGGGACCCUUGCCAUGAACAGUCAAUAGAUCCACGCUCCUUUACGGAACUUUGUUUGGACAAGCACACCCAUCUCCUCCGCCUCUUCAGCCGCAUCAACACUUCCUUGACCCCAACAAUCCCUCCCUCCACCCCGCCCACUGUCUUCGGUGACUCCUACCCCUCCCUUCCCUGCCUGGGAUGGAGAAGGAAAGAGAGAGAGGCAGCCGGCCCACCAUCACCACCAUGUCCCCAGAGGCCCCUUGCCUUGCCUGCCCGCCCCGUGCCGCUGCUCAGUACAGUUGUGCCUCAGUCCCGGACCGUGACCACCAGCCAGGAACGCCACUCAAUGUGAAUCCUCCGUGUCAACCACAGAAACACCCAGAAAAAGAACACCCUCCCAGGAACAUGGCUGCGGCACCCUUGGCCCUGGCGCUCGCCCUAUUGACCCUGGGCCCGGGGCUUACAUCAGCAGGGUGCCCGUCGGCGUGCCGGUGCUCCUCCGCCAUGGUCCAGUGCUUGCAGUCCGAUGGCAUCGCCAGCAUCCCGGCUUUGGCGUCGCAGGAGAGCGAGAACGUGACGGACAUUUACAUCGAAAACCAAGCCGGCCUUGAAAAUAUCACAGACCUGGAUAUGUUUAACUACAAGGAGCUAAAGAACCUAACUGUGACGUCAUGCAAGCUGAGGCUCAUCGCCGCCAACGCCUUCCAGCACAACGUCAAGCUGCAGUACGUGAACCUGGCGUCAAACUCUCUGGAGCACAUCUCCUGGAGGGUGUUUCAUUUUCUACCUCUGCUCAACCUGGUCCUGGAGGACAACCCCUUGCUUUGCUCGUGUGACCUCCACUGGCUGCAACACUGGCAGCGGAACGGUCGGGCCGACCUGGACGACCAGAAGUUGACCUGCCUGUCCGCCGGACAGGAAGUUGCGCUCGAUGCUUCGUCGGUCACGGACAACUGCAGUCUGCCCGAGGUGAUCAUCCUCCCCUCCAACAACAAGGUCCAAGAAGGAGGCAACCUGACCUUUGAGUGUCGUGUGACAGGAAGUCCCACCCCUCAAGUGAGGUGGAGAACGGAUGCCCUCCGGUCACGCUUCAUUGUCCAGGAGAGAAUCUGGGACUCCACUUUGGAGGUGCUCCUCUACCUCACCAACGUCUCGUCCAAGGACCACCUGCACAACCUGACCUGCCAGGCUGAGAACCAAGCGGGUCCCGGUGAGGACAUGUUGCAGCUGGAUAUCGAGUUCGGGGCCAAAAUCCUCUACCUGGACAACGCCAUCCUUCAGCAUCACUGGUGUUUCCCCUUUGGCGCGGACGGCAAUCCGGAGGUGAACAUCAGCUGGCGGUACAAGGGCGAAGAGCUGAUAGAGACGGCAUACACGUACACGAAGCUCCUGCGCGACUCCACCGACGGCUCGGAGAAGCACGGCUGCCUCUUCCUCAACAAGCCCACGCACAUGAACAACGGCAACUACACUCUGAAGGUGGAGAACCGGUUGGGGCGGGACCAGGCCACCGCCAGCGGGAUUUUCAUGGACAACCCCUUCGACCCGUCCAACCCGGAGGGAAUCAUUCCGGUCAUCAAUGUGGAUCCAACUCCCACCAACAGAUCCAACAUGGACGUCACAGAGAACCUGGAGAGUCGAGUCUUUGUGGUGUCGGUGGCCGUGGGUCUCGCUCUGUUUGCCUGCACCUUCCUGCUCGCCACCGUCUUGGUUAUCAACAAAUGUGGCAAGAACUCCAAGUUUGGCAUACACCGCUCGUCUGUGCUGGGCACCGAGGACGACCUGGCCGUGUCGCUGCGCUUCAUGAAAUUCGGGACCAGCCCGCCUUCCUCCGACGAAGACUCGGGCCUGUCCAGCUUUGUGGAGAACCCGCAGUACUUCUGCGGCAUCAUCAAGGACAAAGACAUGUGUGUCCAGCACAUUAAGCGGCAGGACAUCGCCUUGAAGUGGGAGCUGGGCGAAGGCGCCUUCGGCAAAGUCUACCUGGCCACGUGCGCCCACCUGAGCCCCGACAGCGACAAGAUGCUGGUCGCCAUCAAGACGCUGAAGGACGCCAACGAGUCCACCCGGCAGGACUUCCAGAGGGAGGCGGAGCUUCUGACCGUGCUGCAGCAUCAACACAUUGUUCGAUUCUACGGCGUGUGCACGGACGGCGAGCCGCUGGCCAUGGUGUUUGAGUACAUGAGACAUGGCGACCUCAACCGCUUCCUACGCGCUCACGGCCCCGACGCCUGCAUCCUGGAGGAGUCCAAGAUGGCGCCUGUGGGCGAGCUGACGCUGCCCCAGAUGCUGCACAUCGCCGCCCAGAUCGCCUCGGGGAUGGUGUACCUGGCGUCUCUGCACUUUGUCCACCGGGACCUGGCAACGCGCAACUGUCUGGUGGGAGAAGGUCUGGUGGUCAAGAUCGGAGACUUUGGCAUGUCAAGGGACAUCUACAGCACCGACUACUAUCGCGUGGGCGGUCGCACCAUGCUGCCUAUUCGCUGGAUGCCACCGGAGAGCAUCAUGUACAGGAAGUUCACCACGGAGAGUGACAUCUGGAGCUUGGGUGUGGUCCUGUGGGAGAUUUUCACCUACGGCAAGCAGCCUUGGUACCAGCUGUCCAACAGCGAGGCCAUCGAGUGCAUCACGCAGGGCCGUGAGCUGGAGAGACCACGUACCUGUCCCAAGGAGGUGUACCAGCUGAUGCAGGGCUGCUGGCAGAGGGAGCCUCAGCAGAGGAUGGUCAUCAAGGACCUCCACAGUCGCCUGCUGGCCCUGGUCAAGAACCCCCCCGUCUACUUGGACAUCCUAGAGCGCAGCUCUCCCUAGUCACGUGACUGCCGCAAUCCAAUCAGCUGUGCUUAUAAGCCGGUAGCAGGAAGUGGCCUGUAGACAGGACGUGAUGGGAGACAGAUUGUAUUUCUGCUCGAGGUAGGUUUUCAUUCUCAUUUUCACCCGAAAUAUUGUACUGACGGGAUUCUAAACUAAAUGCCUAUGUGUUAACUUUAUAGAGCCGACUCCCAGCGCCGGAUUUUUUGUCAUUAAGCUGUGUGUGACUGUAGAAGUGGAGUUGGUGAGUCCAUCUUUAUGAAAAUAUACGAGUCUUUCUUCCAUUGUUUCAUUGCAACAGUCUUUGUGGCAUAUUUCUCAAUCAUCCAUAUACAAGGUCUAUGACUUGAACCAAUGAUAACUAUUGUAUAUUGAAUGUACUUUUGAAUGUGUUUGAUAAGAAGCACGUUUAGUGCACUGACCGAAUUGUAUAGGUCAUAUUUAUGCUGCUAAUGGUUAUUUUUAGCACUUUAUUGCAUAUUGUGAUUCUGACAUGUAUGUUGAUUUGCAUUGUACAAUAUUGAGGAAAAAACUAGAACCUGUUCUGAAUACUUUAUAAUGCAAUUAGUGUUAUUUAAUGAAGAUAUUUGAUUUGUGUACACAUGGAUUUAUAAGGAUGGUCCUCGUUCUUACACAGGCCAGGCUUCUCUUUAUGAUGGCGAGCUAAGGAAAAAAAACAUCUAGUCCAAGGAUCGUUCUUGGGAGAUUCCAGGCAGGAACCCCACCACCUGUUCUGUCUGGGCUGGUAGGAGGCUCUCGAGCCAAACCUCUACACAUUUUCACCCUUAACCGCAGCACAUGGACUUCACUGCUUUACUCUCCAAAACCUUUCUCCAAGAACUGUAUUAUCUGAGC